ACCACGUGACCAGCCAGCUUCUCAGCCUGCUUCUCACCCAGCAUUGUCUUAGGGAGCCUUGCUCCAGAGAAGACUGACCCAGGGGAACUGAAAUGUCCUCCAGGUUAGGGCGUGCAAUGGAUCAAGAUGGUCCGUGGGAAAUGCAGCAGGGGCACUUGAGCCCAGGCACCGUCUCCCACCAGCAAACCCGCUUUAGGAGAUCUGAACACAGUGAUUUGGGGACAGAUAAUAGUCUGCGCUCAGGGAUUUUGCAGGAGCAAGUCUCUGCAGGAGAUCCUCUCCACGAAUGUGACUCAGAAGGACCAAGUAAAGAUCCCUUAAUUCAUGCAGGGAAGACUCCCUACAAAUGCGAGGAAUGUGGGAAAGUGUUUAAGAAAAAUUGCCUCCUUGUUAGACAUCAGCAGAUUCACACAGGAGUGAAGCCUUAUAAGUGCCAGGAGUGUGGAAAAGCCUUUCGUGGGAAGGUAGACUUUGAUCGACACAUGAGGAUUCACACUGGGGAGAAGCCCUAUAAGUGCAUGGACUGUGGGAAGGCCUUUAACCGUAGGACACACCUGAGGUCCCACCAGCGGAUUCACACUGGACAGAAGCCCUAUGCCUGCAGGGAGUGCAGAAAGACCUUCAACUACCACUCUGUCUUUGUCCAGCAUAAUAUGACCCACACUGGAAAAAAGCCCUAUGAGUGCAAAGAAUGUGGAAGAGCUUUUUACUACAACACUUCCUUAACUCGACACAUGAGAAGCCACACUGGAGAGAAGCCCUAUGAGUGCAGUGAAUGUGGAAAGACCUUCACUUACCACUCUGGUUUUUUCCGACAUAUGAUAAUCCACACUAUUGGAAAGCCUUAUGAGUGUAAAGAAUGCAGGAAAGGCUUUUCCUCUAAGUAUUCCCUCACUCAACACAUGAGGAGUCACACUGGAGAAAAGCCCUAUAAGUGCAGUGAAUGUGGAAAAUCCUUUGCCUAUCGCUCUGCUUUUGUCCGGCAUUAUAAGAUCCACACUGGAGAAGAAACCUUUGAGUGCAAAUAA